GUUUGGUACUUAGAAGUUAUUUCCUUAUAAAUAGUACUAUACAUAUAGUGUAAUUGCAAAGCUCAAAGCAGCAAGUAUACACACCAAAUGGCCUCAAUAAGCCUUCUUGAGAUCUUCUUAGCAGUCAUUAGCUUUGUUGUUCUUCGUUAUCUGCUCAACACCAAAGGCAUGCCCAUAAACUGGCCGGUCGUCGGAAUGCUGCCGGAUACUAUAUUCAAUUUCCACCGAAUUCAUGAGAGGUUUGCAGAAGUUCUAGAGCAAAAUGGGUUAACAUUUUUGUACGCCGGCCCUUGGUUUUCUAACGUCAAGAUAUUAGGCACUGUGGAUCCAGCAAAUAUCCACUAUGUAAUGAGCUCCAACUUUGCAAACUUUCCAAAAGGGUCCGAAUUCUCCAAGAUAUUCAACAUUCUUGGAGAUGGGAUUUUCAAUUCGGAUUCGGAUUCCUGGAAGAACCAAAGGAAAACUGCACAAGCAUUGAUCAACCACCAGCGAUUUCACCAGUUCCUGGUGAAGACUUGUCGAAAUAUGGUGGAGAAAGGGCUUCUUCCAGUUCUUGAGCAUGUAGCAGAUCAAGAGUCUGUUAUGGACUUGCAAGAUAUAUUUCAGAGGUUUACCUUUGAUAUCACAUGCAUAUUGGUUACAGGCUACAACCCGAAAUGCCUGUCCAUUGCAUUUCCCGAAGUAGAGUUCUCUAAGGCCAUUGAUGAUGCUGAGGAGGCAUUAUUUUAUAGGCAUUUCUGCCCAGAGUACACAUGGAAGUUACAAAGGUGGCUAGGGUUUGGUCAAGAAUGGAAAAUGGAGAAAGCUUGGAAAGUUCUUGAUGAUGUAUCAGCCAGAUUUGUAUCAAGAAAAAGAGAACAACUCAAGGAAGGUUCCAUUUUGCGAGAAGAUGGAGAGGGUGUAGAUUUAUUAACCUCAUAUAUGAGUAGUGAGGUUGAAAGCAAUGGUCCACAACCAGAAGACAAGUUUCUAAGAGAUACAAUUAUAAAUUUCUUGCUUGCAGGAAGAGACACAACUAGUUCUGCUCUCACUUGGCUUUUCUGGCUUGUUUGUAAGAAUCCACAGGUGUUAAGCAAGAUAAGAGAGGAGAUCAAAGCAAAAAUACCAGAAAACCAAGACGAAAAAUGUCGGAUGUUCAACCCGCAAGAACUAAACAGUCUAGUUUAUCUUCAUGGAGCUUUCUGUGAAUCACUAAGGCUAUACCCACCAGUUCCCUUCCAACACAAAGCUCCUCUACGAGAAGAUGUGCUUCCUAGUGGGCAUAAAGUUAGUCCGGAUAUGAAGAUAAUCUUUUGCUUGUAUUCCAUGGGAAGAAUGGCAUCAAUAUGGGGAGAAGAUUGCUUAGAAUUCAAGCCAGAAAGGUGGAUUACUGGAGGAAAGAUCAAGCAUGAACCAUCAUACAAGUUCUUAGCAUUUAAUGCAGGACCAAGGACUUGUCUGGGAAAAGAAAUUGCAUUCAUUCAAAUGAAAACUGUGGCAGCUUUCGUACUCAAUAACUACAAUGUUCAUUUAGUAGAAGGGCAGCAUGUGUCUCCGGCCACUAACUCUAUCAUUCUUCACAUGAAAUAUGGCUUAAAAGUCAGUGUUAGCAGGAGGUGGGUUUGAAAUUAAUUUUAUAUAUUGUUCUACUUAUGGGGAAAUGUUUUUCCUUCUUUUUAAUUAUUUUUUAAAAAUUUAGAAAACAAUUUAAAUUAAAAUAUGCAUUUAUCAUGAGACAAAGUCAGUAAAUGCAUGAAAAAAUUGUUCUAAUGUGUGUA